AUGAAUCAAGAUCCAAGUAAGUUCCACUAAAAUAUGGAGAUUUUCACGAAACUAACUUUUUAGCACAACCAAUAGAAUCCUUUCUCAAGAAUUUUCUAAAUUCUUUAGAUUCACAAUAUCAACCUACUUCCAAUGUUGCAAAUUAUGCAUUACAAUUUGGUUCAAGUUUAAAACGAACAAGUGCUUUAAUAUUAAAUGGAAAACCAAUAAUACCUACCCCACAAGAAGAUUCGAAAUUAACAUUUCAAAAGAAAUGGUUAUCUACUCCAUUAACAUCACAUCAAUUAACUAGUUAUGAUGCUCAUUUAAUUCCUGGUACUGGUCAAUUUAUUAUAAAUUUUUCAGCUAAAGUUAAAUUCGAUCAAAGUGGGAAAAAUAGACUAGGUGAAUCUGCUGAUUUAAUUAAAGAACCAACUACUGUAACAAACGCAAAUUCAAAACCAAGACCAAUUUGGGGUUCUUGGAAUGGUAUAAUUGGAAACUUGGUGGUUGAUGAAACUUUACAAAAUGAAUGUAUAAAUAGUUUGGAUUAUAGAUUGACUUAUAUUCCUCAAGAUAGUAUAUUGAAGUUUUGA